CAAUCUCGCGUCAAAACGAAACACGCACAAUAACUCCUCUGCCUAUCGCCAUGACUUUGAUUGCCCUCCUCGUUUUCCUCCUCGGCGUUUGCUCUACUCGUGCCACACCUGUUGCAUCGUGCACCAAACCGAAGGGCGUAGAAUUUAUCACGGAAGACGAUGCAGCAAAGGCAUCGACGGAAAGCGGGGCUUCCGGCACCAUCACGACGAUGCAGGUUCGGAAUCUUCUCGACGGGACGACCCUUGGAAAUCCCCUUCCCUUUCUCUUUCUUCCCCUUGUGGACACGCUCAUCGCCGAACUCGUUUCGGCCUUUGAGACGCCGAUCCAGUUCCGCGUAGCGCUGUACCAAGGCAACGCGGUCUACAACGUGGCCGCCAUGUUCCAUCCUUUUGCCCUCGACAUCUGGGGGCGUGGGGACAGGCGCAUCUGCACGGGCACCGACGACUUUGUUUCACAAGAAAUCCCACGAGGAAGUUGCAAUUACCUACGCCUUCGCCUACAGCGCCAUGGUGCUGAUCCCCAGCAUCACAGAACCCCUCACCUUCAUCAUGGACAAUGUCCUGAACCUUCCGAUGAGCAACUUGUUGGACGAAAGCCCCCCCGACAUUGGCACGCCCUGGGGGUUGGCCAGGGCCACCGUGGACGAUAUGACCGAGUAUUCCAAAUCCGACGGGUGGAACGCCGACGGGUCUCUAGCAAACGACUUUAACAAGAUGCCCUUUGGCGAUUUCGAUUACAUGGAAUACUCCAGGUACAAGGCGAAGGAUUCCCUUGGGUCCCUCAACGCGACCGCCCUCAAGGAGAAGGUCUGCGGCCAGGACGGAGGCGAAAGAACCACUUGGAACUGGGAGCCCCUGCUCGAGACUGACUACAGGGGAUACUUCAGCAAGCAGGAGCACGUCACUCCCUUUGCGGGCUUCACCGGCCGCCUCUACGGAUUGACCGUCGAGGAGUACGAGUCCUUUGCCAUCGCGCCCCCCGAGUACAACUACUGCCAAGAGGCAGACUUUGUUCUGUCUGAGACGCGGGAGGCGGCAACGGACGAUCAGAAAAAGGCAGAAGUAGAAGCCUACGAUUCCAAGUUCACCUCUCUCUUGCCCAUGCAGAUCAACUGGUCGAUCGCGACCGGGGUGUCUUCCUUUGAGUUUUGGUACAUGGACAUGGCGCUGGUCACGGCAAUGUACGACGCAACGAUGCUGGUGUGGCGCGAGAAGGUCGUCCACGAUGCGGUGAGGCCCACGACAGUCGUCCACGCCCUCAAGGGAGACGAGGAAGUCACAACCUACGCCGGACCUUACGAGGGGUCGAAGACCAUCAGGGCUUCGGAUUGGCAGCCGUUCAUCCGGACCAUGCCCGUGAGUGUGCGAUUCCGAUCUGGCCUGUCCCAACUGUACCCGUUUGUUGUCUCUUGGUGUGCGACAUGGGUUGCUUGCUUCCGGUAGUUGCAGUCGUCUGCGGAUCUCGUCAUUCCAUCCUCAACCUUCCUUGUCUGUUUUGUUUCGUUUCGUUUCGUUUCGUUUCGUUUCAUGUUUCGUUUUCUUUUGCACACAUCCCAUGGGCCCUCGACUCAUGCACCGACCCUGGCGAGUAGCACGCCGAAUACCCAUCGGGAUCGUCUUGCAUCUGCACGGCGUACGCCGAAACCCUCCAGGCACUGACCGGAUCGGAUGACACCGGCAUCCCCGCCUCGAUGGGUGGUGCCCGCUGGAUCCUCCAAGACGGAACCCGGCCGGACCCCCGCGGAGGACGUUCUCCUUUCCUACGGCAGCUGGUCCGGCAUCCAGAAGGCCUGCGGGGUGUCUCGGUUGUACGGGGGGAUGCACUUCUCGGGCGCCGUUCCGGCAGGGGAAGAACUGUGCACGGGCCUCGCGUCCCUCGUGGUGGAUCGCGCAAAGAUGCUGAGGAACGGGGAGGCCACCGGUGCGCUGGCGGACCGCGGCGACGAGUCGAUCGUGGUCAAGUCCCGCCAGAGCGUCGUUGGGAGAGACAUCCCCGACGUAGUGGACGACAACGAAGACAACAACGAAGACGACAACGAAGACGUACCAGACGACGUACCAAACGACGAAGACGACAACAACGUCGAGGUCCCCAAGAAAAAAAGGAAGGGAUCCAAGAAAUCGAAAAAUGGAACCCCGACGCCAACCCCAUCCAAGAAAUCGAAAAAGGGAACCGCUUCGAAAUUUUAAGGAAGAGAGGGAUCAGCUAUUCAGUUCUGGGUCCCGGUAUGAUAUUAGUCGUACCGGUACUUACCUGCUCAUAACCUGUAAUGUGUUGAUAGGCUCUCUACUGUAGUGUACGAUAAUAUACGAUAAUACGGUACGGUACGGUACGGUACGUGGUUUAAAAUUUACAGCAGUGAGGGUUAUUCACUACUUCUACUUCACUAACUACUACUAGUAUUCACUAGCUACUCGUGAUUGUGGUAUGUUCACUACCUCCUACUGUACGGUACGAGUUUAACUUGAGUAAAAUUAUACCUAGAAU